AUGGCUGAACAAGUGGUUAUCUUACUAUUGGACAAGAUUGCUGACUAUCUGAUUGAGGGAGCUGCAGGUUUAUGGCCAAAGGACUUGAAGCUACGUGAUCAGAUUGAAUGGGUCGAAGGGGAGCUGAGGCGAAUGCAGUGCUUCAUCAAGGACGUAGAUUCAAGACAAGAUGUUGAUGAAAGAGUCAAAAAUUGGGUUGCAGACUUGAGGGAGGUUGCAUAUGAUACAGAUGAUAUUCUUGACUCUUUUGUUUACAGUCUGGUACAAGGACAGCAGAGGGGAGUUCUUGUUACAUUUCUCAAGAGGUACUUCCUCUCCUUUAAUGAGUUGGUCUUAUGUCGUAAGUUGAAUGAUCAGAUAAAACGAAUCAGGAUUAGACUCCAAGAGAUUAGUGACAGAAAAUCCACAUACGGAAUUGGAAAUAUAGGAAUAGGGACAGAAGGGGCUGGUUUUGCAGCUAGCAGACUGCAAGAGAGGAGAAGAUCAUCUGUUCAUGUUUGCGAGGAUAUUGUUGGUCUGGUUGAAGAUGUAAAAAUAAUAGAAUCACAGUUGAUUCAUGGAGAAUCAAGGCGUUGUGUUGUCUCAGUUGUCGGCAUGGCAGGUAUAGGCAAGACCACUCUUGCCAAGAGAGUUUACCUUAAAUCUGAUCUUAAGGAGCAUGUUGAUUGCUGUGCUUUUGUUUAUGUCUCUCAAAAUUUUAGAGCAAGAGAGAUAUUACAAGAACUGGGGAAAAAAUUGAUGGGAAAUGUAGGAGGAGAUUUUGGAAGAGCAAGCAAUGAAGAAUUGCGGGAGAUAAUCUCAAGUUUUUUGGAGAGUAAAAGGUAUCUUAUAGUGUUGGAUGAUUUGUGGAAUUUUGCAGAUUGGGAUGAUCUCAAAGCAGCCUUUCCUGAGGAGAAAAAUGGGAGUAGAAUUCUGCUUACUACCCGUAUUAAAGAUGUUGCUCUCUAUGCUGACUCGAAAAGUACCCCACAUGAACUCUGCCUAAUGAAUGACGAGGAUUGUUGGAAAUUGUUCUCCAAGAUGGUGCAAUUAGACUGGGAAUCCUCUGCAAGUUUGCCACCAUGGGCUGAAGAAUUAGGUAAGCAGAUGCUGAGGAGAUGUGGGGGAUUACCACUUGCUAUUGUGGUGCUAGGUGGCCUGCUGUCAAGAAAAGAUGCAACCUUUAACGAGUGGCAAAAGGUGUUUCAGAGUAUGCAUUGGCAGUUGAGGCAAGAACCAAUGCAAUAUGGAGAUGUGUUGGCCCUGAGUUAUAGGGACUUGCCACACUACUUGAAAUCAUGUUUCUUAUACUUUGGUCUCUUCCCUGAGGAUUUUGAAAUUUCUGCAAGGAGAUUGAUGCUGCUGUGGGUUGCAGAGGGAUUUGUGCUGCCAAGAGGUCAACAACCCCUUGAAGAUGUGGCAGAAGAUUAUUUGGAAGAGCUUAUUGGAAGAAACAUGGUUCAAGUGGCUAAAAGGAAGUCCAAUGGAAGGAUUAAAGCAUGCCGAAUCCAUGACCUUCUCAGAGACCUUUCAAUCUCAAUAGCCAAGGAGGAACACUUCCUUGAUUUCAUCCAUGGAGAUGUCAAUGCUGAUUCUGUUACAACAAGAUGUCGCAGACUUGGCAUUCAUUCUGGAGAAAUCUCCAUUACAGAGAACACUCCAAAAGUUCGUUCAUUGCUGUGCUUUGAUUCAGUUGAAUCGAAUUUCAAACCAAGGAAGGUUAAGCUCUUGCGCGUGCUUGACUUAGAAGGCGCUUACUUAACUCAGCUGGACUCUGAAAUAGGAAAUCUCAUCCAUUUGAGGUACCUGAGUUUAAGAGAAACUUGGUUAAAAAGAUUUCCAUCAACAAUUGGCCACCUUGAGAAGUUGCAAACUUUGGACUUGAGGUCGACAUUGAUUAGUCCGAUCCCCCUUGCAAUUUGGAAGCUGCUGAACCUGCGGUUCUUGUACUUCAAUGAACUGAAAGAAAUGGUUGUGGAUCCACCAAAGGAUGCAGCUCUAACUCAUCUCCAAACUUUGCAAGGGUUAUGCAUUACCCAAAAGAGUCGAAUUGAGAAUGGCUUGGACAAAUUGACCAACCUUAGAGAACUGGAAUUGCAUGGUGAGCUGUAUGCACAAGAAGUUGCCUUGGCAAAGUGGAUUCUCAACUCAAAGAACCUGGAAUGUCUGAAGCUACACGCUAAUCCAGUUACAGCAUUCCUGGUUGAUGCUCACACUAAAAUUCAGGACUUUGACAGAACCCGUCUUUCGAUCCCCAAGUCAACGAUGUUUGCAGAUCAUUUUUUUCUUUCUAAGCUGCAUCUGGACGGAUAUAUCAAGAAGCUCUAUGAUGUUGAACAUUUUCCACCGAACCUUGAGGAGCUAUCAUUGAAAGACUCCUAUUUGAUGGAAGAUCCCAUGCCAAAGCUGGAGAAGCUGCAGAAUCUUAGAGUCCUAAAAUUGAAACAAUGUGCGUACGUGGGGAAAGAAUUAGUUUGCUCAAGUGGAGGGUUUCCUCAACUGCAUUUGCUGAAACUUUCUUUCCUCACAUUACAGACUUGGAGGAUAGAGGAAGGAUCAUUGUGCAACCUUAAACAGUUGGAAAUUGUAGAAUGCAAACAACUGAAGAUUCUCCCGAGGGGAUUGCAUCCAUUGACUAGUCUGAAGGAUCUGAGAUUAGGAUAUAUGCCCCAUGAAUUCGCACUGAAGGCUCGAGAUCGUGCAGGGGAGAACUGGUACAGAAUUCAUCGCGUGCCUCCAUUAUAA